CCGCUACCGUAUACAGUACGUCGAUUAUCUUGACGUGCUUUGAUAUACGUUAGCUUUCGUAUUGAGCUGUUUUUCAAUUGUACACCAUAUUUAGCUAAGUUAACUCAGUAUUCCACUCUAUUACGCUUUCACUGAGGAAAACCCAUCUAUUACUGUAAAAUGUUGGUUCGUAGAAGUAUUAUAAUUGUACAAGAAUGAACUCUCUUUGUGGACUUCGCUGUUCGUUAACUGCGACAAUAUGUUCUUAGCUCCAGGGUUCCUUGCCAAGCUUACUUCACCGUCUUAGCACAACUUCUAUUAUAUGACAAGAAAUGAAACGAUAAAUUAGCACACAUGGCCAAUCCCGAUGAUCAUAUUGUUUCUUUAGAAUACAUCCGUUUAGUCGCUAGUGGCGCACAGGGCACGGUGUUUGAAGCCAAAAAGAUCGAUUCUGGGGAACUUGUUGCUGUUAAGAAUGUUUAUCUUGAUCCUGAUCCAAAAAAGCGGGAAGUUCAGACGAAAGCUCUAAGAGCGCAGUUCGACAUCAUCAAAAACUUAAAUCAUGCUAAUGUCGUGCGUCACAUGCUUACUCAGACAGAUUUGGUUAGACCUAAUCGCCCACUAGCCUUCCAAAUCAUUAUGGAAUAUUGCGAAGGUAAAACACUGCAUAAUCUCGUUCGAGAAUUUCCGGUACCCCCGCUACUUCUGCAAAAGUGGACCCGGCAGCUAGUCGACGGCAUUACGUACCUCCAUGAACAACGCUGUGUUCAUCGUGACCUUAAAGGAGCCAAUAUUGUAACGACCUCCAAUGAUCUUAACAGCUGCCAUGUUAAGAUUACCGAUCUCGGUGAUAUCAAACGCCUGAUGGCUGAAGCCACGCGAACUGGGGAAUUGUCCCAUGCAAAGGGCACCUUUGCCUUCAUGUCACCGGAGAUGAUCAACGACAGGCAGAUAGAAACGGAACCAGCGGGCGAGAAGGCUAAACUGGGACGACGAACGGAUAUCUGGAGUCUAGGCUGUGUGGUUAUCGAAAUGCUCAACGGUACACUGCCGCAGUUUUACAGACAGGGCGUGCUGAUCACCGUUGACCUGGCGGUAAUGCAUUAUGUGGCUAAGGGAGGAUCCCCCACCAUUCCUGCGGAACUACCAGGCAAAUUAUCUGAUUUUAUUGUCAGAUGCCUUAAACAUCAUCCGAAUGAGCGACCUUUUGGUGAUGUUUUGAAGCAGCACGAAUUUCUGACAUCACCUGAAGAGGAGAUUAAAAACUGGAUUCUGCCAAAGCGAUUACGUUGAUGUCUGCCGAUUGAGCGUCGGAUGAUUUAUAACAUGUUCAGGAAACUGCUCGAUACAAAAUCGUGGAUAACAUAAUUCCGAACUAUGAUAAAACAACGUUUGCGUUUUCUCCGAGUACAUAGGUGUUUUUAGUGUAAACAGCAGUUUGACCAGUGUCUAUAAGGAUAUGCUGUAAGAAACGUCUACGACUCCACAGCAGAGUGCUCAUUUAAUAAAGUUUCAAAA